AUGUUCAUACUGGAGGGAUUGUACGAGUCUGUGUACAAUGCGAGGUGGCAUUAUGUCAUGGAAGUAUCCGACGACACAGAAAUGGGAAUGAAGGUGGAGAAGGGGAAACCGAAACAGUCAUGGACGUACAAGAAAGUUGGCUACACCCUCGAAAAGGAUGACGCUGUGCAGCAAUCCGGUGAAGCACCUCCCAGGCUGAUGGUGCUUACCUCGGACAAGGGAUGGCCGUACACUCUGAGUGUGCUGAAUGGGUGUGGCAAUGACUUGUGUGUUAACUCUGAGGUGGAGCGAGCGUGGCAGAUCGUCAAGGGCGAUCUCACCGAGUGGUUCAGCAAUUUUGAUUUGACUCUCAAUCCUUCACCCAUGCCGCAUGUGUUGGUUGGGACGGCCGGGAUCGGGAAGUCGAUGGCUGCCGGCUCGUACCUUCUCUACCAGCUGCUGCACUACGAUGUCGAGAAACUCCAAGUGGUUGUCCACUGUUUUGGAAUCACGAUGUACGUGUUUGACAAGAACACCAAAACCGUGACAAAAUACGUGGGUGAGAUAACAUCCAUCGUUGUUUUGGGUGGUUUGUGGCAGCGUGGGGUGAAAGGGUAUAUUAUUUACGAUGUGACGGAGAAAGGAACACCGCCCGACACAGGCCUUGCGCCUUCUAGUGGAUGGGGCAUGAUUGUGGUGUCAUCGCCAAACCUGGACAACUAUGAUGAGUGGGAGACGCAAGCAAAAGCCAGUCAAAUCAUCAUGAAUUGUCCCGACGAGAUGGAUGUGAAGGCGAUGUGUGCAUGGACGAAACGCGGUCUGGAUACAGAUGAGCAAGCGGGAUACUGGAAAAAGGUCGAAGAACGCAUGAAAAAAUUUGGGCCGAUUCCGCGUCACAUCUUUGAUGAGAAAAGUUAUAAAGAUCGCUUGGCUGCCAUUAAUGGUGCCUUGUUGGCGAUCAAACUCACUGAUGUUGGAGAGUACUUUGCCCUGAGAGGAAGUAAGCUAUGGUAUUCCGAGGAUCCGUCUCACAAACUUGUGAAGGUCGUCCGGGAAAUAACAAAAAAAGGUGUUGAGUUAUUUCUCAACGCAUCAAUAAGUGCUGAUAUCGGGUUUCGAAUUGCGGACCGUUUGGAAAAGAAAAUGGGUGCGAAGGAUCUUUUGUUGCUAAUAUUGGGAUCGCGUGGUGCUCUUGCUUCCCGAGCUCUGGAACAAUUAGGUUUGCGCGUAUUCAUGUAUGGGGAGCUUGUCUGUGCAUUAGUAGAGGAACUCAAGGAGCUGAGGCCACCAGAACGUAAUGAAGCACAGGAUUCAGUGCUGAAGGUAAACCAUCAAGGGCACCCCACUCGCACCGUUGGAUUAGCGGGACUGGAAGGCGGUGUCACGAGGACUGCGAUGGAGUACAGGGUGCUGUACAUACCGAAGGUUGAAAACUUUCCACUGGUGGACGGUUUUUUCUUCAUGGAGUCACCGCGGAGGACGCUGGUUGGGCUGCAGAUGACUACGGCGGGUGAUCAUCACACCAUACCCAGCACUGUGAGGCAGUUCACUGAGUGCCUGGCGACAUAUUUUGAAGGAUGGGACGAAUUAUCCCGAGACAUGUCGUGGGAGAUGAUUUAUAUAAAAAACGCAUUCAGCAAAAAGAUAUUAAAAUGGCAGAGGUGCGAUGUCGUCAAUCCCAAUAAUGAAACCGACGCUGAAAAAGAGAUUGUGGCGUUCUGGAAUAAAGAGGUACACCAAUACCAGUUUAUGUUAACACGUGAUUUUUUAAGUAAAAUCACAGAAAUGAGAAUACAAUAA